AUGAAGGAACUUGGAGAACUAAAGUACUUUCUUGGACUAGAGAUGGAGUACUCAGAAAAAGGGUUCUUUCUUGGACAACAAAAAUAUAUGAAGGAUCUUCUACAGAAGUAUGGUAUAAAUGACUGCAAGCCAAUAUCCACACCAAUGGAGGUUAACAAAAAGUUCUACAUGCAUGAAGGCAAAGAUCAUGCAAAUCCAACAAUGUACCGUCAGUUGGUAGGUAGUUUGAUUUACCUUACCUUAACAAGACCUGAUAUCUCAUACUCUGUCGGAGUUAUAAGUCGUUACAUGCAGAAACCGAAGAAGCCUCAUCUUGAAGCAGUUCGAAGAAUUUUAAGAUAUCUCAGAGGAACAACUGAAUAUGGCCUUUUAUAUAAGAAAAGGGCAUAA